AUGUCUGCACCGCCUACAGGAGCGAAUCCUUCGGUUUAUGCGCCACCAACUGCGUUCAACAUUCCACAGCCAGGCUUACCAGCUUUAAAGAAAGCCUUAUCAACCAUUUUUGAACAGUAUGGUGAAAUCCUAGAAAUUAUCGUUCAGGAUAACUUUAGAAUGCGCGGUCAGGCAUUUGUCGUGUUUAAAGAGCAAGAAAGCGCCACAAAUGCAAUUAAGGGAGUUCAAGGAUUUGCCUUACAGGGAAAGCCGAUGGUUAUCCAAUACGCGAGAACAAAAUCGGAUGCAAUCGCUAUGAUCGAUGGAAGUAUUGAAGAACAUAAACGUCAAAGAUUGGAAGCCAAAGAGAAACGAGCUAAAGAACCUCCGACAAAGAAAUUUAAAUCAAGUAAUAAUGCUUCAUUACAAUCUGGAUCAAACAUGCCUGGGGCAUCAAUGUAUCAUUUUGGACAUCAAGUACCGGCAGCUGGCAACAUUCCGGAUGAAUAUCUUCCUCCAAACAAUAUUCUUUUCUUGCAGAAUAUGCCAAACGACAUAACAGGAGCUAUUCUAAUCUCAUUGUUUGGACAAUAUUCUGGCUUUAAAGAAGUUCGAUCGAUUCAUCCGGCAAAGGGUAUAGCGUUUGUUGAAUUCGACUCGGAACCUCAAGCCAUGAUUGCAAAAGAAGCUUUAUCCAACCAUCUGAUAGCACCAGAACACAAACUAAAGAUCACAUAUGCCAAAAAAUAA